AUGUUGACCACAAAAGAGAUAGCUGCCAACGAAUUACAUGAUUAUGAAAGAUUGGAAAAUUCUCUAUCAGAUAAAAAAUUAUUUUACUUUCACGGCGAUCCAGUAUAUUACGCAAAAAUACCCGGCACCUCUAAGCUCCUACGAGAAACUUGUGUAAAGUACACACUGGAAACCUCUAUAAAACAAAUAUAUCAAAGUGUUAUCCAGAAUAGGGCCAGGAUGGCUUCUUCCCGACGUACAAAACGCAAAACGACGCGCAAAGAUAACAAGACUCUUGUCGAAUGUGAAUAUAAACCACAACUUAUCACAAGCUUAAUUAAAAGUGCCCCUGAGGUUCAGACAUGGCUUACCAAAGACGAAAUCCGCAUUGUCGCAUUGAAGACGAGGACGAAAGAGUAUCAGGUACACAGUGCACGAUUCCGUAAAACUUUGGAUCCUGACAUCUCUUAUGAUGUAUUAAGCAUCGAGCGCAUUGAAAAUCCUUGCCUAAUGGCAGGAUUUGUUCUGAAACGCAUGGAGCUUAAAUCCAUGCAACCGAAACAUCCAGUUUAUACCAGGACGAUGUUCCACGCAACGAAACGUUCUGCUACCAACCAAAUCAUACUACAUAAUUUCGAUUGGAGGAUGUCUGGACAGAAACGAGGUGAUAAAUGGGGACAUGGCAUUUCCUUUUCACCGCAUUCGGACUUUGCAGCCAAAUUCACGCGCAGUUACAAUGGUGUUUGUUGCAUGUUACUCUGCUACAUGUUACAACGCCGCGCCAUGAUUGGAAGCAGAGGACUUGAGGUGCCUGAUGAUGAAUACGACACGACGAAGAGUAAGGACAACAAAGUCUACGUCAAGUUCGAUGAUUACACUGUCUAUCCAGCAUACAGGAUUACCUAUAGGAUGUAUACUGACUGAAUAUACACUGUUUUAAAUCGAGUCAACAGUCAGUUUAUGUAAACGAUAGUUUUAAGUUUAAGACAAACAUUAUGGAAUACAGAAUGUUACGUAAA